AAACUGAGACCGCCUCCAGUGCGCAACGCCCCCUACUCACGGUCCUCGUGCUUGAAAGUUCACUUUUGAUUGUUCUCCGUCGUUGUGGGCCAAUACAGCGUAAGGUCUGGUAGAGCAAUAAUCACUGAAUAAAUCAGAGUUAAGGGGGAGUGUUACAGUCUGCAGUGCAGAUCCUCCACGAAGCCAAGAUGACCAAGCGCAAAGGAAAAGGCAACAAUAAACAGGACGACAGUUUGCUGCUCUUGGAGACGCCAUCUGUAACACCACAGAGGGGAUUUAAAGAAUAUGCGCUCCCUGCCAUUGUUAUCUUUAUUUUCGCUGUCGGGGGAUUAACUGCACUCUGGUUCUCCAGCCAGCAACAGCAAACCAUCGACAGUCUAACAGAGACGGUCAAUGCAAUGCAAGUUAGGAUAACCAAGUUCCAACAGCAGUUGGGGAUGGGUAAUGCACAGAUCGCCAAUGUGGGUGUUUUUGAAGAGCGUCUACAAGCACUGGAAGAGGCCUACACGCAGGCCCAAAAAAAGGCAGACGUCGCACUGGCCACCUCAGAAAAAAUCAAAUCGAAUGAUCUCCAAAGCCAAGUCUGGUCUCUUCAGUCUGAAAUGAAUGGCAAACUUUCUGAGCUCCAGCAGGAGUUUGUUUCCACUGCAUCGUUGAAUGCAGUGGUGAAGAAUAAGACUGAAGAGAUUGAAACUCUGAAGCAGAGGCUUAAUUCUAUCUUCACUGCUAACUCUGAGGUUGCUGUUACCAUUUCUGGGCUCACAGACGCUGUUUUGGUCACCAAAUCACGUCUCGACGAGCAGAUGUCUACUGUACAGGGUCUCACAUCUGAGCUGGAGGAACAAAGAAUGGAACUUAGAAGCCUGAAGGAAUACUUUGGUAAAAACAAGAAGGCUCUUGAAAGAAACAGACAAGAGGUGAUAGACAUCAAGGAUCUGCUGGAGAUGGAACAGACAAGAAGAUCCCAAGCUCUUGAGGAGCAGCUUAUGGCUGUCCGUAGGAGUCUGGAGGACCAUCAGAAGAGUACUCAUAGCCUUCACUCUCACCUUGCUUCACAACUUGAGGUCGUCCAGAGUCAGAUGUUAUCUGAAAGCCAGCAGUCCGGUUCAGAGGAAGAUAUUCCAGUAGAAAACCAGCAAGUGGAGCAAGCAGAAACUCGAGAGGAAGUUCCAAUCAAGGAUCAAAUGGAUCAACCCAUUACUGAGGAGGAAACCGUAGCCGAGGAAGUUCAUGUUGAAGAAGAGGAGCAAGUAGUACCCGAGGAGGAAGAGCCAGCUGAGGAGGUUCAUUUCCACAGAGAAGAACCUGCUGAAGAGCAAGUUGUUGAUAAUGAAACUCCUGAGGAAGCUGAAGUCAAAAAAGAUGUAUCUGAGGAGCAAGUAACUGAAGAGGAUGAGCAAGUAGUAACUGAAGAGGAUGAGCAAGUAGUAACUGAAGAAGAUGAACAAGCUGAUGAGGUUCCAUUGCACAAGGAAGAAGCUGAGGAGGAAGCAGUAACUCAACAGGAUGAAAUACCUGAGGAGCUGCAGGUAUCUGAUGAGAUAGAACCAGCUGAGGAGGUUCAAGUCCUGGGGGAAGAAGAAGCUAUUGAGAAGCAUGCAAUACCUGAGGAAGUUCAAGUCAAGGAUGGAGAUGUUUUUGAGGAGCAAGCACUAACUGAAGUGGAUGAAAUAACUGAGGAGAUUCCAAUCGAAGAAGAAGAAACUGUCAUGGAGCAAACAGAAAGCAUUCUUCCUGAGGAAGACCUAACUUCUACGGAGGAGAUGGAAAUUGACGUGAGUAUGGCUGAGGCUGUUGAGAACUUCUCACAAGAUCAUGUGGUUGAAGUCGAAGAUAUUAGUCAGGAGGAGGCACUGCAGGAGCCAUUAGACGAAACUGUGAAGCAGAAAGACUUGGAAGAAGUUGAAGAAGAUGUGCAAGACUCUGAGGAAGAAGAACCUGUUGAGGACAUUGUGGAAGAACUAGAUGAAAAAGACAUUUCAGCCAAUGAAAGUUAAGUUAUGAGAUAAUGCUUCAAAAUAAAAGACUUUUCUGAGGACUUGACAUUAUCCCAUUUCCCCACUUAAUUAUGUGAAACAUGAUACUUCACAUUUGUUGAAAUGUUCCUCAGUCUUACUUUGUACUCAAAAGUGAACUUUGAACCCUAGCAGCGAUUUUUCAAAUCUAAUGAUGAAUUUUUCUAGUGAUAUAUCUUAAAAUCUUGAAUUGCUCUGUUUACACUGAAAUCUAGAGAGGGUUGAUAUUGUUUUACUAGGUUACACAUUUAAAGAAUUGUAGCGUUUUUCAUACAGUGGUUUGCCAGCUCAUUAACCUCAGGAGUGUCGCUUGAAUAAAAUGGCUUUUUAUGUUUUUUACCAUU